AUGGCAGGGCUCCUGUGUAAGAGGCGCAAAAAAGGAGUGAGUGACCUCCAAGAAGAAGGUAAAAAUGCUAUCAAUGCACCAAUGAACCCAAGCGCCGUUGACAUCCAUCCAGAAGACACACUGCUAGAGGAGAAUGAGGAACGCACUAUGAUUGAUCCUAACUCUAAAGAAGACCCCAAGUUCAAAGAACUGAUCAAGGUUCUAAUUGACUGGAUUAAUGAUGUGCUUGUGGAGGAGAGAAUUAUUGUCAAACAGCUUGAAGAGGACCUUUAUGAUGGUCAGGUGCUGCAAAAGCUGCUUGAAAAAUUGGCUGACCGUAAGCUCAACGUGGCAGAAGUGACGCAAUCUGAAAUUGGUCAGAAACAAAAGUUGCAGACAGUCCUGGAAGCUGUCCAUGAUUUACUCCGACCCCAUGGCUGGACAAUCAAGUGGAACGUUGACUCAAUCCAUGGCAAGAAUCUGAUUUCCAUCCUUCACCUUCUGGUAGCUUUGGCAAUGCAUUUCCGGGCUCCCAUUCGACUCCCUGAACAUGUGUCCGUACAAGUGGUAGUUGUACGGAUUUUAUUUAGCCUUUGUUAUACUAAUGACAAACAGAAGAAUGGUAAUGAGGUUAAUAUUGUUCCUAAUCCAAGUAAGAAAACUGUUAUUAAGAAGAUUAUUAUUAGUAUCAAUUUAUUGUUAAAUGAUCUUUUAUUAGAGAUCCCA